AUGGCCGGCACCGUGGAGCCCAACGGUCUCGACGGCGAACAGACCAACGGCCAUAACGGCGAGUCAAACGGUCGCAGCGAACAUAACUACAGAGAUUCCUUCGACACCCCCUAUCCGGCUACAGAGCCCCGCGAGGGAAACCGCCAAGCCGAUAACACAUUCGACCCUGUUACCGGCGCUUAUCCCCGCAUCUCCCGUCCAGUUGAGCUGAUCCGCCCGUCCUAUGACGUUGUUGUCAUCGGUUCCGGAUAUGGUGGUGCCGUCGCCGCCAGCCGCAUGGCACGAGGCAACAAGCAGGUUUGCUUGCUCGAGCGCGGCAAGGAGAAGUGGCCCGGCGAAUUCCCCUCUGAUAUCAUCCCGACGUUGAAAGAACUUCACACCACCAACGCUGCGACGGACGGUCUUCUCGGUGCCCUUGGGAACUUGGGCGCCGGCCGUGAUCCGACUGGUCUCUACCACCUCAUCGUUGGUGAUGGUCAGAAUGCCUUCGUUGGCAACGGAUUGGGAGGCACCAGUCUGCUUAAUGCCAAUGUCUUCCUCGAAGCAGAUGAAGGAGUUCUCAACCUGCCUAUUUGGCCCAAAGAGAUAGGUCCAGGCGAAUUGACACGCUAUUACGAGCGCGCUGCCAAGGUCCUGGAGCCUAAGAAGUACCCCAAGGACUUCCCCAAGCUGCACAAGCUGGAGACGCUCGAGAAGCAGGCCAAGCUCAUGGGCUGGGGAGACAAGUUUGACCGCGUACCUCAGACUACCCGCUUCGAAGAUGGCGAGAACAGCACUGGUGUCUACAUGCGCGCCUCUACGCUCAGUGGUCAAGACACCACCGGCCUCAACGAUGGCAGUAAGUCCACCACGCUGGUAAACUAUCUCAGUGACGCCUGGAACUGGGGUACCGAGAUGUUCUGCCAAUGUGAGGUUCGGUACGUCACCAAGGCCAAAGACCGUGAAGGCUACAUUGUGCACUUCGCAUGGCACGGUGGAAAGCGUGCCAACUUUAAGGAUCUCUUCUACGAGGAUCUUAUGUGGGUUCACGCCAAGGAGUUGGUUUUCUUCGGGGCUGGCAGCAUCGGAACCACCGAGAUCCUGCUUCGCAGCCAACAAUUUGGCCUGGACAUGAGCCAGGAUGUUGGACACGGAAUGAGUGGCAACGUUACAACACCAGCGAGUAUCAUCGACUGCCGGAAAGGUUUAGAUAAUCCUCUCGAUGGCUUCGUCGUGGAGGAGGGCGCCAUUCCCGCCACCCUCGCGCCUUUCUACCAGGCGAUGCUCACUUACCUGCCGGGCCGAGUGUUCCCGCAGAAUAUUUCCAUAAAAGGCGCAGUCGGUCACGUAACCUCUGCUCUUGGUAGCCGCGUCUUCGGCCCCUACUAUCCCGAGGGCAGCACCGAGAAGACGCAGUGCUACCUGAUCAUGUCCCACGACAGUAGUCAAGCCACCAUGCAGUUGGAUAAGGACAGGCCCCUCAUCAACUUCUCUGGCGUUGGCAAAUCGCACAGAGCCAAGAAGCUGGCAGGCUACUUGGCCAAGCUGACCAAUCUCAUCGGCGGUAUCUACGUCGACAGCCCAUUCUACGCUGCAUUUGGCGAGAAGGAGAUCACUGUCCAUGCCAUUGGUGGCGCUCGUAUCAGCAACGAUGGAACUGGUGCCAGCGGUGGUGUGAACCACAAGGGCCAACUGUUUGUUGGCUCUGGCACUGAGGUACACAAGGGCCUGAUUGUUUGCGAUGGAACCAUUGUCCCCGCUGCUCUUGGCGUGAAUCCGUUCGCGACAAUUACCGCCCUUGCAGAGAGAUCCGUGGAACAUAUUGCCAAGGACUUCAAGAUCAAGGUUGAUCUCAAUACUAAGAACGGCUCUCUCAAUCUGUUUGGCAAGCCAGCACACGACCCCUUCCAUGGCGAGCACCCGCCUGUGGCGAGAGUGCAAGAGAUCAUCAACACUGCCAGAGAUGACAUGACUCCGGGCAUUGCUUUCACCGAGACGAUGGACGGCUGGAUCCACUUUGGUGAAGAUUCCAAGACACUAGACUUCCAGAGAGCUACCUUGACUGCCAAGAGCCGUGGCGAAUAUGCCCGCUUCUUCCUCAGCGCCAGGUCAUGGAACACCCAUAACCUCGUACACGACAAAGAACACGAGGCCAACCUUACCGGUACCUUUACCUGCCCAGCUUUGGGCGGCACCUCCAUGGUCCAGGGCGGCAAGUUCAACCUGUUCAACGAUGACCCGAGAUCACCUGAUACUACCAACCUGACAUACAACUUCCUCAUCUCCCAAAAAGAUGGUGGGAAGCUACACUUCAACGGCUACAAGGUUGUCAACUCGGACGUUGUCUUCAACCCUCUCAACCUCUGGAAGGCUACGACCACUCUCUACUGCACCAUCACCGAAGUUGACGCCCAGGAUCAACCAAUCCAUAACAAGGUUCGCGGUAAGGGCGUCAUUCACAUCCGCCCGACUGCUUUCCUCCAAGAGUGCACAACUAUGGAGGCAACUGGAUCCAGCCUGUACGCCAAGGUCUCUUCAACCGCCAACUUCCUCGGGUACUUCACCGCCAAGGCGGCCGGUGCCUUCCUCACUCCCUUCAUCCCCCAGAUCUGGCCUAGCCUUCCCUUCAACAGUUACCAGAACCCCACGCCCUGGUCCAACGAGAUCACGGUCGAGGCCAACGACCGCGUCAAAACCAAACUCUACACGUGGGAGCCACAGAAUGUGAACGGCGAUCCCAGCAAAGCCCCGAUCCUGUUGUUCAUCCCCGGCGCUGCCGUUGACCAACAAAUCUUCGCAUUGCCCACCAUUGAGAAGAACGCAGUGAACUACUUCCGAGCCAAGGGAUACCGGGUAUACUCCAUUGUCCACCGCGUCGGCAAGACCAUCGUUGCUCAACAAAACUGGACCACAUACGACGCCCGACGUGAUAUCCAGGCGGCUCUGAAGACGAUUCGCGAGAGGCACACCAUCAUUGACAGCGCGGAUGGCAGCGGCCCCUUGAUACCGACCUACGUCGUAGCACACUGUGCUGGGUCCGUCGCCCUUGCUUCAGGUCUGCUUGACGGAAGCAUUCCUCGUCAAUGGAUCAGCGGCGUCACGGCGUCCCAGGUCUUUAUGAACCCCAAGUUCCCCAAGGUCAACCACCUGAAGGCUAGCCUGCCCAUCUCCAUGGCCAACAUCUACAACCUCGUCCAGGGCAAGUGGUUUGACUGCACCAGCACACCUCGGGAUGGUUACAUUCAGCAGGGCAUCAACCAGCUGUUGCGCUUCUACCCCGUUGGUCACCGUAACGAGAUCUGCAACUCCGUAGUCUGCCAUCGCAGUUCUCUUGUCUUUGGCCGACUCUGGUCUCACAAGGGCCUCAACGAGGCCACUCAUUCUCAAUUAGAGAACUUUGUCGGCGGAGUCUCAAUGGCCAACCUGAACCACCUUAUGUACCAAGGUACCCAUGAAUUCGUGACCGACUCGCAGAACGAGAACCUCGUCACACCCCAGAACAUUGCCCGUCUCAAGGGCCUGCCCAUCUUCUUCUUCUCCGGAUCCGAGAACGAGGUCUACGCGCCCGAGAACACCGACACGUCCUUCACCACUCUCACCGAGGCAAACGGCGGCGUCUGCUACGAGAGACAGGUGUUCCAGAACCGUGGCCACUUGGACGCCUGGAUGAGCCCUACCGCCCACGAGGACGUGUUCCCUCGUGUUGAUCAGCACAUUCAGAACGUUAUCAAGAAGAAGUACUCCAAGCUUGAAAAGUUUACAUCAGGAAAUCCUCUUAGUUUGAAGAGGUGA